AUGGGUUUGGACUAUAACAUUUCAAACAACGAGCAGCAGUUCGUUCUCGAUGCUUUAAAGGAAAACACGAGGCUUGAUGGGAGGAAACUUUUAGACAUGAGAAAUGUGGAAAUUCAAAUAUUUCCUGAUGAAUAUGGUCAUGUUGAUGUGAAACUUGGAAAAACAGAAGUCGCAUGUAAGAUCAGUGCUUCGAUAGAACAACCAUACAAGGAUAGGCCGUUUGAAGGCCUAUUUCAGAUAAAUACGGAAAUAUCACCAAUGUGCUCACCAUUCUUUGAAGUUUCGCAGGGGGCAGCUGGCGGUACAAGUUCACGGCAGACUAGCGAAGAGAUAUUGAUUUCCAGGAUGAUUGAAAAAUCGGUGAGACGAUCCAAUGCCUUAGAUUUAGAAAACUUGUGUCUUGUUGCUGGAUCUAAAUGCUGGUCUGUGCGGGCAGAUCUCCACUUUCUGAAUUACGAUGGAAACUUUAUAGAUGCUUCUUGUAUUGCAGUUAUGACGGCACUUUUACACUUUAAAAAGCCCGAUGUUGAAGUUUCCGGUGAUGAUAUUGUGGUAUUCGACACAAAGCAGAGAGAUCCUGUGCCAUUAUCUAUUUUACAUAUUCCAUUAUGUGUUACUUUCAACUUUUACAACCCAAAUGGCGACGAGGAAAAUAUCAAGGGUGAGUCAAACGCUGAACUAAUUGUGGUGGAUACAAAUUUAAUAGAGGAAAGAUUAAGUCUUGGAAGUAUGACGAUAACGUUAAAUAAGAAUCAGGAGGUGUGCCAGUUGUUGAAAAGUGGCGGAUUGAACAUAGAUGCAAGUCUCAUAAUGAAUUGCUGUACAUAUGCUGCCAAGAUAGUUUCUCAGCUUACGGAUCAAAUCCAUCGAGUUUUGAAGGAGGAUGAACAUAAAAGAAUUAAUCCUACAGAACAAAAGGAACUUCAGACGGUGAAUUCAAGGGAGGCUAGCUGA